AUGACCAAGAAAAGAAGGAACAACGGGAGGGCCAAGAAGGGCCGCGGGCACGUGCAGCCCAUCCGCUGUACCAACUGUGCCCGCUGCGUGCCCAAGGACAAGGCCAUCAAGAAGUUUGUCAUUAGGAACAUCGUGGAGGCAGCUGCCGUGAGGGACAUUUCCGAAGCCAGCGUCUUCGAUGCUUAUGUACUUCCCAAGCUGUAUGUGAAGUUGCACUACUGUGUGAGUUGUGCCAUUCACAGCAAGGUAGUAAGGAAUCGCUCUCGUGAGGCCCGCAAGGACCGAACACCUCCAAAACCUAUGUAA